UCAAGCGGAGCUAUGGCGGUGGUGUGGGUGAAGCGGGGUGACGAGGCGCUGCGCUUCCCACUCAUAGGCUCCAAACUCAUGGUAAGCUCCAUCGCUCGUCACUGGGGCCUGGACCCGGACUCCCUCCGCAUUGGCAACUGCGCUCUAGUCCCAGGUGCCGACGGCAACUCGGUGCUCUCCCUUGACGCCAUUGCCGCGUUGCUCCAGGACCAGCCCGACCUGGGUGACGGUAGCAGCCACGAGCAAGCGCUCGUCAUCACGGGCCGACGCCGCUCUGCUGAUCACCCCGCCGUCCAGGAUCACAUCCGGCAGCGCGACGAGGAGAAUCUCGUGGCCAAGAAGCAAAGAGCCGAGGUUGCGAGGUCGAGGCAGUUGGAGGCGUACCGGAGCAACGUCGAGGGCCUGUGGUCGUAUGUCAAGGAGCUGGAGCUCACCGUCACGAAACCAGAGCAAGUUUGCAACGUGAUGCAGUCCCGGGUCUCCAAGAUGGUGGCUCGCUUGCACUUUGUGGAGGGUGACGACGAGCCGAGCGAUGACAACUACAAGGGCCUGGCCGCCUUGGUGAAGCCCGAUGGCUCUUGCUUCACCGCCGCCGUGUGCUGCAACCGUAGCUCCACCUCUGGCAAGUACGUGCUGGUGUUCUCGGAUCCACCACUGGAGUACGAGUGCGUGGUGACUUACGAGGAAGAGGUCGAGAUCGCCAUCCUGACGCCGGCCAAACCUGUCAGCUUCGACUAUUGCAUCAACUGGAAUGACUCGAUUUGCAAGUCGGAUCAUGCCUACAGCUGGAAGCGCGACCCACAGUCCGGGGACGUCAAGUGCGUGGCGGGCAUCUUCAUCGAGGAUCCAAGCCUUCCAAUUUAUCAGUUCGAGCCUUACCACAUGGUGAUGCUUCCGGUGGAGAGCACGGUGGAGGUUGGUGCUCCUGUCCUUGACGAUGCAGGACAUCUUGGCGGAGUGGUGGUGGAAUUCGAGGAGAUCCCGGCUCGUGAUACUCGACCGACGAAGAAGAAGAAGAAGAAUGGAGAGAGGAGGCUCGACGAGACUGCCAUCCGCGACCAGUUCCAAAACCGAGUCAAGGAGGAUCCCGACUUUGGGAAAGCUCUCGAGGCUGGAUUCGUGCACCGCAAGGCUGUCGUUUAUGUCGCGUGUUUGGACAUUGAUGGUUUGACGACUGUUUGGUACGAUUGGACGAAAGCUCAUCCUCUAAAAGAGUUUGAGCCUUCAAGCUCCAACGAGCAAAACGUCAUCCAUUGGCGCAGGCACGCAUAAGCGUAUUUUUCUCUGUUUUUCAAAUUCUCCGUGGCAAACUUGUAGAUUUCUUGAAAACUUGCGAGUCUGUGAUGGCCUGCCGAGGGUGGAUAUCGAGAAGCGGCUCAAUGUGCAGCAAGAGCGAGGGAGUUUGCGGGAAUACUUUAGCUAUAGGAUUAGGCCUUGGCUCUUUUCACAAGACUUGGCAUAGUCGCAAUGGUUUCCCUUCGCACAGUUUUCACACCA